AAUCCGCUUCAGACUCUCACACACCCAAAAAAAAAAAAAAAAAUCAAAAUAAUAAAAAAGAAAGCUUACUCUCUCUCUCUCUCUCCCUCGUGCGCCAGACUGACAAAGACUUCAGACCCCAACAAAAAAAACUUAAGAGAUAGAUUCAAUGGCGGCCGGAGGAGGAGGAGGAGGAGGAUCAUCGUCGGGACGAACUCCGACGUGGAAAGAGAGAGAGAACAAUAAGAAGAGGGAAAGAAGAAGAAGAGCCAUCACUGCUAAGAUUUACUCUGGUCUUAGAGCUCAAGGUAACUAUAAGCUUCCUAAGCACUGUGAUAACAACGAGGUUCUUAAAGCUCUCUGUCUUGAAGCUGGUUGGAUCGUCGAAGACGACGGUACCACUUAUCGCAAGGGUUUUAAGCCACCAGCAUCAGAUAUUUCAGGAACUCCUACAAACUUCAGCACUAAUUCUUCAAUCCAACCAAGUCCACAAUCAUCUGCUUUUCCAAGUCCUGCACCUUCUUACCACGGAAGUCCCGUUUCAUCAUCCUUCCCGAGUCCAUCUCGCUACGAUGGAAAUCCUUCUUCGUACCUUCUCCUUCCGUUCCUACACAACAUCGCUUCUUCUAUUCCUGCAAACCUUCCGCCGCUUAGAAUAUCCAACAGUGCGCCCGUGACUCCUCCGUUGUCUUCUCCUACUUCUCGCGGUUCGAAGCGGAAACUCACUUCAGAACAAUUACCGAAUGGCGGGUCUUUACACGUUUUGAGGCAUCCGCUUUUCGCUAUCUCAGCUCCAUCUAGUCCUACUCGUCGUGCUGGUCACCAAACACCACCUACAAUACCGGAAUGUGAUGAGUCCGAGGAGGAAUCGAUUGAGGAUUCAGGAAGGUGGAUCAAUUUUCAAUCUACAGCUCCUACUUCACCAACAUUCAAUCUUGUUCAGCAAACAUCUAUGGCCAUUGAAAUGAAAAGAUCAGAUUGGGGAAUGUCAGGAAUGAAUGGGAGAGGUACAGAGUUUGAGUUCGAGAAUGGAACAGUCAAGCCAUGGGAAGGCGAAAUGAUUCAUGAAGUUGGCGUAGAAGAUCUCGAACUCACUCUCGGUGGCACUAAAGCCCGAUGCUGAAAAAUCGAACUUGAAAUCAGUUUGAAAAUGGUGGUAAAAGAUCAGUCUCCUUGUGGACCAUAACAGAGCAAAUCUUCAGCAUUGUACAGUACAUUGGAGCCGGAGCUCGCAUGGCCGUGGAAGUUCGAAAAGGGUCGAACCUUAACAUACCGUUACAUUCUCCGUUUAUACUUAAUUUUUCUCUGUGAUGAUGAUAAUGUUUUUAGAGAUAUAUAAUAUGGGUUUGUUGAUCACAGGAUAAAGAUUGGGUUUUGGAAAAAAUCAAUUUGUAGAGAGACUUAAUAGUGUAUGAAGUUAUUUAAUCUUUACGGAUAUAGUAGUAAUAUGAAAUGAUAUCCAUUUUGCUUUCAAGA